AUGGCCAUCAAGUACAUUAUCCUGCUCUCGCGGCAGGGAAAGGUCCGCUUGGCCAAAUGGUUCACCACCCUGUCCCCAAAGGACAAGGCGAAGAUUGUCAAGGACGUGACGCAGCUGGUUCUCGCACGCCGGACACGCAGCUGCAACUUCUUAGAGUAUCGUGACACCAAAGUCGUCUACCGUCGCUAUGCUUCCCUCUUCUUCAUCGCCGCGACGGACAAUACCGACAAUGAGCUCAUCACCCUCGAGAUUGUACAUCGCUACGUAGAGCAGAUGGACAAGUACUACGGCAACGUGUGCGAGUUGGACAUCAUCUUCAACUUCCAAAAGGCCUACUUCAUCUUGGAUGAACUGCUUCUGGCGGGCGAGAUGCAGGAGAGUAGCAAGAAGAACGUGCUACGUGUUAUCGGCGCGCAGGACAGUCUCGAGGAAAUGGAGUCGAGGACGAUGCAGUCACGAGGAUCGGCUGAAUGCAUUGCAUCAUGUUCAUGUGUAUCGCGCAUUGUUGUACGCCGCACCAUCGCUCAUGAGCACGCUGACGCCUGCCAUCCACACCCAGACAAACACGGAGAUGAGCGCAGAGCUCGAAACCCAGCUCAAGAACGCUGGUCUUCUGUAGCUGCCGAGUACUUUGAAGCGCGUCUUCGGGGGAAAACCAGUGUGCUUUUUUCAUUCGCAAUUUGUGGGCGUUGA